GUACACAAUCAAUUACUCUAUCACCACCAUUACAAGAAACAUUGGAUACAAUUUCAACUUCAACUUCACCAUCACAACCAACGAAAAUUGAUUUGUUCAAUAAUAAUUCAAGCCUUUUAUCUCCAACAAUGAAAGAAACAUCAUCGACAGUAUUACCGGUUAAUUCUUCUAAAGCAUCAUUAGCUCGUUCUUCUACAACAGCUGUAUCUAAAUCUAGAGAAGAUAUCCCUUCCUCCUCAAAAUUUAUUAUAUAUACAGCUUCCUCUAAAACACCUACAACUGCAACAAUGGCUGUAUCUAAAUCUAUAGAAGUUGUUCCCUACUCCUCCUCCUCAAAAGUAAUAACUUCUCAAGCAACUGCAGAUAAACUAGAUCAAAGAAGUUUGUCAAAGUUAUUACAAAUUUGCCAAAAAAUGAAUUUAACGCUCAAUGAAUUAACAAAAAAUCAAA